AUGCACAUCAAGACGUUGACAAUCCAGGGGUUUAAAUCCUACCGUGACCAAAUCUCCGUCGACCCCUUCUCUCCCAAACACAAUGUCGUGGUCGGGCGUAAUGGUUCGGGAAAGUCCAACUUCUUCAGUGCGAUUCGGUUCGUCCUCUCGGACGCUUACGAAAAGCUGUCUCGAGAGGAACGAGCGGGGUUGUUGCACGAAGGAACGGGGAGGAGUCAGAUCAUGAGCGCAUAUGUCGAGAUUGUCUUUGAUAAUUCGGAUUCACGGUUCCCUACUUCGCUUUCAACGCUGACCCUGCGAAGAACUAUCGGUCUCAAGAAGGACGAAUACACACUGGACAAGAAAUCUGCUACGAAAGCCGAGGUCAUGAAUUUGCUGGAGAGUGCAGGUUUCAGCCGAAGCAAUCCGUACUACAUUGUACCGCAAGGUCGAAUCACCGCGAUCACCAAUCAGAAGGAAUCCGAACGAUUGGACCUUUUGAAAGAGAUUGCCGGAACAAGCGUCUAUGAGUCGAAACGUCAAGAAAGUAUGAAGAUCAUGGAGGAGACGAAUUCCAAACGAACCAAGAUCAUGGACCUCCUCGAGAAGAUUGAGGAGAGACUAAAGGAGCUCGACGAUGAAAAGGCCGAACUGAAGGAUUUCCAAGAAAAGGACAAGGAGAGGAGAUGUCUCGAAUAUGCUAUCUACCAGAGAGAGCUGAUGGAUGUAGAGGAAGCCCUACAUAGCAUCGAAGGCGAUCAUAACAAGAACGAUCUAGAAACGGAGCAAACAGAAUCCAACAUCAAGCUGUCCAACUUGGCCGUGCAGUCUCGACAGAACACUACACAGCUGGAAGACCUGAUUCGGCGAAGGACCGAGCUGGAAUGUCUCAUAGAUGAUGUGGAUCAGGCCAACCAGGACGGAGCGGGUACGCGGGAAGACCGAGAACAAGAGCUGGAGAAUAUCGAGACUCGACUCGUGCAGGUCAGGGAGGAGCUUGAUCAGCUGGGGACUCAGUAUGAAGAACGAGUGACGCAAGAGCGACAGCUGAGGCAGGAAAUCGACACAGCCCAAGGUCGACUAGAAGCGCUCUACGGGAAACAAGGACGAUCGAACCAAUUCGCAACUCAAGCUGAGCGAGAUGCCCACCUUCGGGAGGAAAUUGAAACCGCUCAGACCUCGCUGGCCGAUCAACAAGGUCGCGUCGAACAGAUUCGAGGUGAAGUCGCUACCGCACAAGACGACCUAGAGGAUUCUCAAAGCAGGAAGACCGAAGUGGAAGACAGUCUCGAGGAGAACAAGCAGGGUGUAUUGAGCAAGAGCGAAGAGAAAGAGGCUAUCAAGGCACAGAUGGAUGAGCAAACCGAGCGACGAAAAUCUCUGCUACGGGAAGAUGGGAAGCUCAGUCAUAGUCUGUCGACGACGCGCGAGGAGAAGCAGAAUGCGGAUCGUUUGCUGGCUUCGAUGAUGGACAAGGAUACCAAUCGAGGUCUCGAGGCCAUUGCGCGAAUCACCAAGACGCUCAAGCUGGAUGGAGUUUACGGUCCUCUCUACUCCCUCUUCGAAGUAGAUGACAAGUACAAGGUCGCGGUCGAAGUGACUGCAGGAAACAGUCUGUUCCAAGUCGUAGUCGACAAUGACGACACGGUGACCAAGAUACUCAACCAGAUGAGACGGGACAACAUCCGGGGUCGAGUCACGUUCAUGCCCCUGAACAGGCUCAGGACACCGACCGUAGAUAUUCCCACGGCCGAUGACGCUGUGCCUAUGAUCAGCAAGCUUCGAUUCGACAGGACAUAUCGGCUUGCGUUCGAACAAGUCUUCGGAAGAACAGUUAUCUGCAGAGAUCUAGAGACGUGUGGAUCUUACACCAAGAACCAUGGGGUCUCUGCCAUCACUAUGGACGGUGAUCGUAUCGACCGCAAGGGUUCGCUUACCGGAGGAUAUCACGACAUUCGUCGAUCACGAAUAGAUGCCAUCAAGGCAGUAGCGCUUUGGAAGGGGAAACUGGAUACCGAGACAGCCAGGCAUGCAGAAGUCAAGGCGAGCAUAAUGAAACUCGAGCAAGAGAUCUCGGUGAAUCUCGGAAAGAUACAGGUCAUUGAAUCGCAGAGAAAAGCUCAACUGGACGACAGGCUCGCUCUCACUACAAGAGCAUCAUGGAUCACGAAAGAGAACGAGCAAGCUCGCGUACGAGUAGAGCGAAUGGAGCGAGCGCUUGCAGAAGCAGAACGUGAAGAGCAAAGUAUUCAAACCAGAAUCGAGGCUCUGCAGGCCGAGAUGGGCUCUGCGUUCACCCAGAACCUGACUGCGGCCGAAAUUCGAACUCUUCGAGACCUGAACGCUCAGCUCACGCGGCAGCAAGAAGAAUACAAGAAAAUAGCUCACGAGCGAUCACAGAUUGGCAACCAGAAGCGUCUCCUCGAGAUAGAACUGAACGAGGACCUCUUGCGCCGGCAAAGCGAUCUGCAAGAUUUCCUUCAUGCAGGGAUCACGGACGUCCCCGGUGCGGGAACUCAGGCCGGUAGCAUCGAUACUUGGCGAGGCGAGCAGCAGACAUUACAAGCUUCCAUCGAAGCGCUCCAGGAGACUGUCGAUCAGACUGACGGCGAGAUCGACUCGAUCAAUCAGAGUCUUGCUGCCAAUGCUGCCCGAUUGGAUGAACUGCAGACCCAACAAUUGCAGAACUCACGCGGCAUCCUUCAAGCUCAGAAGACCGCCGAACGAUACAUCGUCAAGCGUCAAACGUUGACGAAUCGACAAGAGGAGUGCAACAAGAGUAUACGUGACCUGGGUGUCCUGCCCGAGGAAGCAUACAAGAAAUACACCGAUGCCAGAAACAAGGCUGAGCAGUUGGUCAAAAAACUUCACAAAGUCCAGGAACACCUCAAAGGAUACUCUCACGUGAACAAAAAAGCCUUUGAGCAAUACAACACCUUCACCAAGCAGCGUGACGGCUUGCUCGAACGACGAGAAGAACUAGACAUCUCCGGCGAGAGUAUUCAAGACCUGAUUGAAACGCUAGACACUCGAAAAGACGAAGCCAUUGAGAGGACAUUCAAGGAAGUCUCGAAAUACUUUAGCGAAACUUUCGAAAAAUUGGUACCGGCUGGACGAGGAAAGCUGAAGAUGUUGAAGCGAUUGGACGGGGAGCAAUUGGAAACUCAAUCGCAAGCAGUCCGAACGGGGAUCGAUAGCUAUACCGGCGUCUCGAUCGAGGUAUCGUUCAACUCAAAAGUUGACGAAGGUCUACAGAUUCAGCAAUUGUCUGGAGGGCAGAAGUCCCUCGUAGCGUUGGCAAUGGUGUUUUCAAUUCAAAAAUGUGAUCCAGCCCCCUUCUAUCUUUUUGACGAGAUCGAUGCCAAUCUCGACGCACAAUACAGAACAGCGGUCGCAGCCAUGAUUCACGAAAUGUCCGCUUCCGCUCAAUUCAUUACCACGACCUUCCGGCCGGAAAUGCUCGCGGAAGCCAACAAGUUCUACGGCGUCCUCUUCGAUGCUCGCAAAGUCAGCACCAUCAGAACGAUCGAACAGAAGGACGCACAAGAAUUUGUCGACGUCAGCGUUUAG